AUGUUUGAUCUCAAGACAAUUAUUGACCGUCCUAAUAUUCCGUGGAAACUAAUCAUUUCUGCGUUUUCCAUCGCCCAAUUCUCUUUCGAAUCUUACCUAACCUACAGACAAUACCAAAAGCUAUCUGAAACAAAGCUACCUCCUGUUCUGGAAGACGAAAUCGACAAUGAAACUUUCCACAAAUCCAGGAACUACUCUCGGGCCAAGGCCAAGUUCUCCAUCUUCAGCGAUGUCUACAACCUGGCCCAAAAACUAGUCUUCAUCAAAUACGAUUUCUUCCCUAAAAUCUGGCACAUGGCCGUUAAUUUGUCAAAUGCGAUCCUGCCGGUCAAAUUCCACAUGGUCUCCACCGUUGCACAAAGUUUGUGUUUCUUGGGUCUUUUAUCUAGUUUGUCCACCUUGGUUGAUUUGCCACUAUCUUACUACACUCACUUCGUCCUGGAAGAAAAAUUCGGUUUCAAUAAAUUGACCUUCAAAUUAUGGAUCACCGACAUGUUCAAGAGUCUUUCUUUGGCUUACGCCAUCGGCGGUCCCAUCCUUUAUCUGUUCCUGAAGAUUUUUGAUAAAUUCCCCACUGAUUUCCUUUGGUACAUUAUGAUCUUCUUAUUUGUCGUACAGGUACUAGCCAUGACAAUCAUCCCAGUUUUCAUCAUGCCCUUGUUCAAUAAGUUCACUCCCUUGGAAGAAGGCGAAUUGAAGAAAUCUAUCGAGAAUUUGGCUGACAGAGUUGGCUUCCCCUUAGACCAGAUUUUCGUAAUUGACGGAUCCAAGAGAUCUUCUCAUUCAAACGCAUAUUUCACAGGGUUACCUUUCACCAGCAAGAGAAUUGUAUUGUUUGACACUCUAGUUAACAGUAAUUCUACUGACGAGAUUACAGCUGUUUUGGCCCAUGAAAUUGGUCACUGGCAAAAAAACCACAUCGUGAAUAUGGUCAUCUUUAGCCAAUUGCACACUUUCCUUAUUUUCACACUUUUCACCAGCGUCUACAGAAACUCUUCAUUUUACAACACCUUUGGCUUUUUCACAGAGAGGAUGACUGGUGGUUUCAUUGACCCGGUCAUCACUAAGGAAUUUCCUAUUAUCAUUGGAUUUAUGCUAUUUAAUGAUUUGUUAACUCCACUAGAAUGUGCCAUGCAGUUCGUAAUGAGUUUGAUUUCUAGAACUCAUGAAUAUCAAGCUGACGCUUACGCCAAAAAAUUGGGCUACAAGCAAAACCUAUGUAGAGCCUUGAUUGACUUACAGAUCAAAAACCUCUCUACCAUGAAUGUGGAUCCACUGUAUUCAAGCUACCAUUAUUCUCACCCAACUCUAGCUGAAAGAUUGACUGCUUUAGAUUACGUUAGCGAAAAGAAAAAGAACUGA